AAAGCCGCAUUCAAUUUGACCAACAGAUCAUUUCCUCUUUGUCUCUCGGCUGAUACACAAUGGUUCAGUUUAAAACUCUGCCUGUGUUUCUCUGUGCCAUGGGUUUUAUCUCAGAGACUCUGUGCUCUUUAACUUUGGAGGCAGAAGCUGGAGAUAACGUCACUAUUUGGUGUCAACAUGGUCUGACUAAAACAGGUUUCAUCUUCUGGUUUAAACACACAAGUGAUUCAGUUCCACUUCGUCUUGGGUGUAAAAAGUUUAGGACAUCAGCUCCAUCAGAAAACUGUUACUUCUUUACUGAAAGUGAGAGAAUAGUGAUGUCUGAUCAUGGCAAGAACACGUCUCUCACAAUCACUGCAGUAACCGUCUCUGAUACAGGACUGUAUUACUGCAGCUUCAGUGAUAAAAUGAUCUUCAGCAACUCGACCUCUUUACAAGUGAAAGGUGUAAAUAAAACAUUUUCUGAGGAUAAAGCUACAGGUUCGGACUCUUCUGCUGUGUUCUUCAUGCUGAAUGCGGUGUUCGGUGCCGUGAAUCUGAUUCUUCUCGGUGUCCUGAUCUUCAUCAUACUGAAGCACAGAAAAACACACAGAGGUGCUGAAGCAGAAGAUAUUGAGGAUCCUGACUCGGACUCUGUGAAUUACGCUGCACUACAGUUCUCAAAGAAGAAAACCAAUAGAACCAAGAAACAUGAUGAAAAGAUGGACCCACACGUAAUAUAUUCUUCAGUCGGACAGAGUAAUGUGUGUACAUGAUAUCAUAUAUCAUUUACUGUUUACUUAAUAUGAAACGGAUGUUUCUACAGGUCCAUGGUUGGAAGAACUAUAGCAUUUGUAACAUCACAGUUACAUAACAUAACAUAACAUAACAUAAUAUAACAUAACAUAACAUAAAAUAACAUAACAUAAAUAUAAUAUGGAGGAGCAUGGUGGCUUAGUGGUUGAGGGUUCGAUUCCUGCCGCAUCCCUGUGUGUGCAUGCUCUCCACAUGCUUUGGGGAUUUCCUCCAGGUACUCUGGUUUCCUCCCCUAGUCCAAAGACAUGCAUGUGCAUGGUAGUCUGAUUGGCAUGUCCAAAAGUGUCCGUAGUGUAUGAAUGGGUGUGUGAAUGUGUGUGAGAAUGUGCCCUGCGAUGGAGUCCCCCGCCUUGUGCCCCAUGCUCCAUGGGAUAAGCUCCAGAUUCCCUGCGACCCAGUAAGGAUACUGAAAAUGGUACAGAAAAUGCACGAAUGGAUAAUAUAAUAUCAUAUCAUAUCAUAUCAUAUAAUAGCUUCAGGAUUCUGGAUAUUUAAUUUUUUAAACUGUGUAUCAAGUCUCUCAGUUUGUUUAUAAAAUAUUCAAGUGUAAAUAGAUACAUGUCUUUAUUUCUUGCUUGUUUCUAAGAAAAUAACUGUUUUGUAGAGGCUCUGACAAUAAAAACUGCUCUCUGUAUUAAACACUAA